AUAACACAAGGACGAUAUCUUUUACAAAGUAUGUCUUAAACUAGUGGAUAGUUGACAUGGUAUAUGUUCAUCAGCUUUCAAAUAUGAAAGAUCCUUCUCUUUUAUUUGUUAUGUUUAUUUUUGUUGUUUUUACAACGCCUUUGAUACUUGCCGCUAAACCGUACAACAAUUCAGUGAGUAAAAGUGUUAGGAUGCCACUCGUUUCCAACGCACUGCAAGCGCCUCUUGUUGCUGAUCUCGAUGUUUCUGCUUUAAACGCACAAUUGAAGGAUUACAUUGAUGAUAAUAUUGUUUCUACUUUUACUGACAAAAUGGAAGAUAUUGUUCACAAAACACUGCUCGAACUGAAAGACAGUAUGCUUCACGAAUAUUCAUCAAAGCUGAUAAAAUCACAUACCAAAUAUGAACGUGAAUUAUCAGGGAUGCAUUCUGAGUAUGACAUCAGAUUUUUAGAUUUAUCAGAGAACCAAAGUGAAAAUGUUACCAAGUUCAUGGAAAAUGUUCACGCAUGGCAAAAUACUGUGAUGCAAUCAAUAAAUGAACAGAGGGAUUUGUUGCAGAAAUCAAAGACUGUAUUCGAGAAGCAGGUAUCUGAAAUACUAAGAAAUAACAGAGAUCAGACAUCCCAAAUAGCUAAGGAAGCCAUUACAAACUUUACUGAUCUUAAAACGGAUAUGGAAGAGUGGGAAAAUGAUAAAGUCGCUGAUAUCAUUAAAGCAGUCACAAAAAACUUAACACAAUUUCAAACCAAUAUGAUGUAUGAUAUGGAAAGAAUAGAAAAAAAACUGAUAAUACGUGAUAUACUUCCAGCCCGUGAGUGCGCAGAUAAGCCUAAUCUUGUUGGUGUUAACAGUAUCUCACCCGACGAUUCACAUACGUUUAACGUGAGAUGUGAGGCAGGAGGCUGGACGGUUAUCCAAAAGCGUUUCAAUGGAGUCACGGAAUUCUACAGAAACUGGCAAGACUAUGAAAACGGAUUUGGUGACCUUAAUGAGGAGUUUUGGUUAGGAAAUAAGUAUAUAGCCUUGCUGACAUCAAGAGGUAACCAUGAAUUAAGGAUUGACCUGGAAGACUGGAAUGGUGAAAAGGCUUAUGCUCUCUUUAUAAGUUUUAAAGUCGGUGAUCAAUCUACAAAUUACAAACUGACUGUUAGUGGGUAUUCAGGAAAUGCAGGUGAUAGUUUGACGUAUCAUAACAACAUGCCUUUCUCCACCUACGAUCGUGAUAACGAUAAGUCUGCUCAUAACUGUGCAGCUUAUAGUGACAUAAAAGGCGCAUGGUGGUAUAAUAACUGUUGGAGGUCUAAUUUGAAUGGGAAAUAUUUCAAUAGCCAUUCUUUAGCAGGAAUAAGAUACCAUGCAUGGAGAGGCUAUUAUGUAACUCUGAAAAAGUCUUCAAUGAUGAUAAAAAGAACUUGAAAAUAAACAUAAAUCAUAAUUUAGUUUAUUUUUCCACCGGCUUACUUCUUUUUAUUAAAUUAUUAACAUCUCGGAUGUUUAGUAAAACAGAUACACAUCAUGUUCGAUUCAACUCUUAGCACAUACUUACAACUUCUCGUCCAAUAAAAUUGCUUGAAUUUGCCUUCUAAUUUUCAUAGUACAUACUUUUCCUGUGUACUAAGUAACUACGCAUGAAGGAGCACAAGGGUAAGAUUUCAUUGUAUUGUAACCAAGAUAUUAGAACAAAAAUUGCUACUGGCUAUUUUGAAAUAAACUCUGUGUUCCAAAUUUAACUUAAUAGUUUGUAAUUAGAUUUCAAACAGAUUUUUAACAUCCGACUAAUCAAUCUUUUGAUCUAAAUUUUGUUUUGACAAUUACAAAAGUUUCUUUCAUUAAAAUAAAGAGUAAUAGUUAUGGUGCUUUAUGCCUUGAUUAAAGUACAACUCAAUCUAAAAUUUGUAAUCCUUUAUCUUCCAUACAAUUACUUUGUACACAAAAAGAGUCAACCAUGCAUCUUUUGAAAGAAAAUUAUUAAUAAAGCAAUUUAAUAUAUUUAGUCAUAAAUUGGUCGAUAAUCGGUUGGCUAAUGUCCAGUGACAAAUAUUUCAUGCAUAUAAACUAUCCACUAGACUAUCUAUGGGUACAUAAUAGGGGCAGAUCCAGCCAUUUUUAAAGGUGUGUGGGAGGGGGAUCCGACUGUUUGUACUAAUUCAAAAGCAUUUUCAAGAUAGUUUAAGGUUUUAUGUGAAAUUAAAAAAAUGUUUUCAAGAAUGUAAAGCUUUUACUGCAAUUGAAGAAUUGUCUGCUUUUGGUCAAUCUAUUUUGUCAUCUUACCAUGUAGAUAAGUACAUGCAUAGUAAAACAACGCUUAAUAUCAAUAAACAUACUUACACCA